UCCUUAUCCUCCCUCUGGAAGAAGCCAUCGCCAUAAACAGCGCAAAAUCUAGGCUCUUAUUCUGGCUUCCCUUCUCGCCGGAAAUUUCGACUGAUGCGACGGCUGGAAUGGAGGCCCCGGCGAUUGCUGAUGCUUUGGAUUUCCCGAGGAUCCACCUAAUUUUAUCGUGCCGGCGCUUAUUUCGGAACUUUAGCCGUAACUGAGAGAAAGCUUAAGCAAAAGCGACUGUACUUGCUUAGCAGAGUUUUCAAGUCAUUCCAUGCUUUUUGUCGUAAACCUGAGGAUCAUUAUGGCAGUAUAACUAUAUCAGUAGCAGAAAAUCAGAGACACUUGCUUUUGAUUAUUUCUUCCUUUCUCUCUUCCAUAAUUUUUUGGUUCUCGGUUAACUACUUGAUAUUUUGUCAUCGAAUGGGAAAUUAGAGGCGGAGACGCGAGAAGGUUUUUUCUUUCAAUUACCGAUUCAAACGUAAGCCCGGGCUUCGGAUAUGGUAAAGGCGAAUUGAGGAGCCCUGAUCUGGAGUCAUGCCCUUCCAUACUAAAGUUCAGCCAAUCGAUUCUAGCAUCCCUGCGGAGGGACCUGGGCUUGAUCAAGUCAAGCCGGUUGUGAAGUCACGCCUUAAACGACUUUUUGAGCGCCAGUUCCCGGGCGUUCUGAAGAAUUCGGCGGCUGAUAAAAUUGCCGGAGAUGAGCCGCAUUUUGGCAAAGACGGAUUCAAUGCCUCCAGUGAUUUCGAACCGAAUUCCUUGUGCCUUGCGAAAAUGGUGCAGAAUUUUAUCGAGGAUAAUCAGGAGAAGCACUCCACUUCCGUCAGGUGUGUACGUAACCGCUGCAACUGCUUCAACGGAAACUGUGAAGAUUGCCCUGACGACGACGGGGACGCGUUCGGUGACUCUAAGUAUUCUUCCAAUGGCGAAGCGUCUGGUGUCCUUAAGGGUUUGGUGGCCUGUGCAAGUGUUUGCGAAAGGAAUUUGUUGGCAGACACUGCGAAGAUCGUUGAGAAGAAUAAGAUCUGCAAGCGGAGAGAUGGCCUCUGCCGAAAGAUUGUUACUGACGAGUUGUUGGCCCUGGGAUACGACGCCUCGAUAUGCAAAUCUCGAUGGGAAAAGUCACCCCUUCAUCUCGCAGGGGAAUAUGAGUACAUAGAUGUGAUCAUCGAAAACGAACGAGUGAUAAUAGACAUCGACUUCAGAUCAGAAUUCGAAAUUGCUCGAUCAACCAAGUCUUAUAAGGCGAUUCUCCAAACCCUUCCGUACAUAUUCGUCGGCAAGUCGGAUCGGUUGCAGAGCAUUAUAGCUAUUGUAUCGGACGCAGCGAAGCAGAGUUUGAAGAAGACAGGCAUGCACAUUCCGCCGUGGAGGAAGGCCGAAUACGUGAAAGCAAAGUGGCUCUCCCCUCACACUCGAGUUACUCCGCCGGUGCUUUGCUUGCAGGAAAUCGGGGAGACGCGGGAGAAACAGGAGGCUUUGAUGGGAAAUUCUGCCGGUGGGAAGUCGGAUGGAUCGGCGUUGGUUUUUUCUAAGGGUUCUUCCGGGCAGGAUGAGAAGGGGAAGGAGGUGAUGGAAUGGAAGCCACCUGAUGUGAUACACCUCAAGCCCAAGAUUUCUGGGUUCAAGGUCGUGACUGGAUUAUCAGCUGUCUUGGAUGAACGCCCAUAAAAUUUUGUCCUUUCUUACUAAUCAGGAGUUAUACAAUCUUGUAACUGGAGGCUGUAGCAGCUUCUAUUAACUAUGUUCGCCUGUGUUUUCACUUUCCCUUUUUUUUCCCCGGGAAGCCACAGUCCUGAGUCUCCCUUCUAUUUUUAAUGCAAGGGAUGGAAUUAUCACUGAUAUAAUAGAUAUGAAUGAAUAAAGUUGGUUAUCGAAAUGAGAAUUUGAUAUUUAGCGUUU